UCAAGUUUUGAUUAAGAAGGGAGUCCAUUCAACAAAAUGCAAAGUAUAAUGAAUUAUGAUUCAAAAUUCUUAAUCUGAAAUUCUAGAUCGGGUAAAACCUAGAAUAGUAAAUCAAACCCGAUUUAUGCUUAUUCACUCUCUAGAUCUCUCAUAAUUUUCUCAAUUUAUCUAUGCUUAGCUUCAUUUCUACAGAAUUUAAUCAUAUACCGGUCGAUACAAAUCUAAAUUGAAACCAAAAACACUUUAAUCGGCUAAUUUUGUUUUAUUUUUGGAAGUGUAAUGUAUUGAUCUGUGACAUUUGUGAGUGAUUAAGUAUGGAGCAAUUUGAAGCUUAUUUUCGUAGAGCAGAUUUGGAUCAAGAUGGGAGAAUUAGUGGUGUUGAAGCUGUUGGUUUUUUGAAAGGAUCUAACUUGCCUCAACCUGUUUUAGCUCAGAUAUGGACACAUGCUGACCAGAGCCGUACUGGGUAUCUUAGCCGUCCGGAGUUUUAUAAUGCUCUUAAACUUGUAACAGUGGCACAGAGUAAACGAGAAUUAACACCAGAUAUUGUGAAAGCCGCUUUAUAUGGCCCUGCUUCUGCUAAAAUCCCAGCUCCACAGAUUAACCUUGCAGCGAUUGCUUCCCCCCAGUUAAAUUCAGUUGGUGCUGCACCUGCACAGCAGAUGGGUGCUGGUGUACCAACAGCUUCUCAAAAUCUUGGCAUCAGAGGACAACUACCUCAUACAACAGGUAUGAGUGCUGCACCUGCACAGCAGAUGGGUGCUGGCGUACCAACAGCUUCUCAAAAUCUUGGCAUCAGAGGACAGCUACCUCAUACAACAGGUAUGAACCAGCAAUAUCUCACUUCUCAAGCCAGCCACUCAGUCAGGCCACCUAUUCCUACUGCAGCUACUGCAUCACAUCCCCAGCAAUCUGUUGCUGGUAUGGGUUUCCCCAGGGGUGGUAGUUUGACAGGUCCUGGUCUUCCAAACGCGAACAUUUCAAAUGACUAUCCGGGUAGCAGACAAGCAGCAAUAUCCACUGGACCUACUAUGCAACCUCCUAAUAGAGGAAUGAGCCCUUCGAUCCCUCCAGUUACGCAAACUCUUCAGGGAUCUCUUUCUCUACCUUCCAUGACAGAUGCUAAUACAAAAGCUACUGGUAGUUCUGGAAAUGGUUUAGCUUUGGACACAAUGUUUGGAGGUGAAACCUUCUCCGCAAGCCAAUCUGUACCGAAGAAGUCUUCGUCUACUCCAAACUUUUCUCUGAUUAGUGAACCAACCUCUUCAGCUACGGUUUCAGCAACCACUGAGUCUCAAACUUCUGCCAAGCCUGACCCCUUUGCUGCAUUUAAUACUCUUACAAGGCAAUCUCCUGGGAAUCAACAGCAAGUAACCCCAUCUGUGUCCAAACCUAAUCAACAGGUUUCUGGUCAGAAUAUUUUGCCAGUUUCAUCAUCUGGAACUCCAGCGGGUUCUGCCCAUCCUACUCCUGAGCAGUCUCAAGUUCCUUGGCCAAAAAUGACAAGAGCAGGAGUUCAGAAGUAUGCAAAAGUGUUUAUGGAGGUGGAUUCAGAUAGAGAUGGGAAAAUCUCUGGGCAACAAGCGCGAGAUUUAUUCUUGAACUGGAGACUGCCAAGAGAGGUCUUGAAGCAGGUGUGGGACUUGGCUGAUCAAGAUAAUGACAGCAUGCUCUCUUUGAGGGAGUUCUGUGUAGCUCUGUAUUUGAUGGAACGAUAUAGGGAAGGGCGAUCUCUUCCAUCUACACUACCGAAUAGCGUUAUGCUUGAUGAGACUCUGCUGGCCCUGGCAGGUCCGCCCACUGCUACUUAUGGAAGCACUGGCUGGGGCCCUGCUUCAGGCGUAAGACCUCCACAAGGGUUGCCAGGUGUACAGCCAGUUGCACAUCCUGGAUUAAGACCUCCUAUGCAGGGUGCAUUCCCUCAGCCUGACCGAUUGAUGCAAUUUAAUCAGCAAAAUGCUAGAGCAACAUCAAUGGAUAAUUCUCAUAUGGACCAACUAAGUAAUGGGGAGCAGAGUAUGCUGGAGUCAAAGGGAGAAGAGACAGCAGCAGGAGAGCAAAAGGAUGAAAGCAAGGACAAGAUGCUUCUGGAUUCCAGGGAGAAGCUUGAAUUCUACCGCACAAAAAUGCAGGAUCUUGUUUUGUACAAAAGUAGGUGUGAUAAUCGACUUAAUGAAAUCACUGAAAGGGCAUUGGCUGAUAAACGUGAGGCUGAGCUGCUUGGCAAAAAAUAUGAAGAGAAGUACAAGCAAGUUGCAGAAAUUGCUUCUAAACUGACAAUUGAAGAGGCAUCAUUUCGUGAUACUCAAGAGAGGAAGCUGGAGUUGCAACAGGCAAUCACUAAAAUGGAACAAGGUGGCAGCACUGAUGGUAUUCUUCAGGUUCGUGCUGAUCGCAUACAGCAUGAUCUUGAGGAGCUACUGAAGGCCUUGGCGGAUCGUUGCAAGAAACACGAGCUUAAUAUGAAGUCAACUGCAUUAAUUGAACUCCCUCCUGGCUGGCAACCUGGAAUUCCAGAGAUAUCAGCUGUUUGGGAUGAAGAUUGGGAUAAAUUUGAAGAUGAAGGAUUUUCUUUUGAUGUAGCUGGGCCUGCAAAUUCCAAAUCCACAUCUAUUCAGAAGGAAAGUUCUCCAACUCAUAGUGAAACCCCUGAUUCUAUGUCAAAUGCUGAUGCCAAGUCAGAAAAUUAUUCUGCUAAAGGAAAUAAUAAUUUUGUUGAGACUGAUUUGAUGUAUAUGCAUAGCGACGAGGAGUCAAAAAGUCCACAGGGCAGUCCAAGAGAACGAACAGCAUUUGAUAGUCCGUCUGGUGAAUACUCUGAUAACCAUUUCGGCAAGAGCUUUAAAACGGAAUCUGAAACUGAUAGAUUUGAUGAACCUGGCUGGGGUACGUUUGACAAUAAUGAUGACGUGGAUUCUGUUUGGGGCUUCAAUGCUAAGGAGUCGGAUCAUGUCAAUCAUGGAGAGAAACAUUUCUUUGACUCAACUGAUUUCGGUGCAAGUCCAAUAAGAACGGAAUCUCCUGGGGCUGAGAGUAGAUAUCAGAAGAAUAGCCCAUUUACCUUUGAGGAUUCAGUUCCUGGGUCACCACUUUCAAGAGCGGGAAAUUCUCCGAGAUAUAGUGUAGGAUCGAAAGAUCCUUUCUUUGACAGUUUCUCACGGUAUGAUUCCUUCAGUACACAAGACCGCGGAUCUUCCCCACGGAAGGAGACUCUCACGAGGUUCGACUCCAUAAGUAGUGCCAGUGGGUUUGAUCAUAGUCGAGGAUAUUCAUUUGACGACACUGACCCAUUUGGAUCCAGUGGCCCAUUUAAGGUAUCUGAGAGUCAAAACGCCAAGAAAAGUUCUGAUCAUUGGAGUUCAUUCUAGCUUGUGGCGAUGAUUUGUUAUGUUUGAUUGACACAGGGCUGUUGUUCCUCGGCAUUUGUUAUGCCACCUAUUUGCAUUUAUGUGUGUUGUAUAGCCUAGAAGGACAGGUAAAGUCUUGUCUUGAUAAGAUACAGCUGAUAUUGGUUUUCAAAAUGUUUCAAGAAUCCCCAGUGUAGUCUGGUCUUCAUGACAGAGAAUCCAAUUUUUUCGGGGUUGAGUUAUUUUAGUCGUCUUUUUCUGCUUAGAGGGGAAGAGAGAGAGGGAGAAUGAGAACGGGAAAGGAAACUUGAGAAAGGGAAGGGGAUGAAGGGUUUGGGUUUUGGAAUUCAUUUUUCGCUAUGUACUGUCGGGAAUUGCAACAUGUUUGUAUCACAGUUUUCGUUUGAUAUACUUAUUGUAUCAAUUGGUUGCCACUCCCAAUAA